CAAAAACAAUCGGCAUCCCCGAUACAGAACAACACAAACAGGAGGACCUAAACCGACUUUUAAUAAUAUAUAUCAGACACGGACACUAGCGAGGGAGAAAUGGUUUCUCCGGUAACAGUGGUCAAGAGUGAAGGCCCCAAGCUGGUGCCAUUCUUCAAGGCAACCUGCGUAUACUUUGUCCUGUGGCUGCCCACCUCGAGCCCAUCCUGGUUCAGCGCGCUGAUCAAAUGUCUGCCCAUCUUCUGCCUGUGGGUGUUUUUACUGGCACACGGCUUCAGUUUCCUAGGUGCUCACUCCAGCGCCCGCAAGAUCUUGGCUGGCCUCAUCUUCUCUGCUCUGGGCGAUGCCUUUCUCAUCUGGCAGGAGCAGGGCUACUUCGUCCACGGCCUGUUGAUGUUUGCCAUCACCCACAUCCUCUACUCGUCUGCCUUUGGGAUGAAGCCCCUUAACGUGUCUGCUGGCCUCAUCAUCACUGCUGUGUCGUCUCUGAGCUACAUGCUGCUGUACCCAUACCUGUCCGGCCCCUUCACCUACCUGGUGGCCGUCUACAUCGGUCUGAUCGGCUUCAUGGGCUGGAGGGCCGUCGCAGGCCUGCAGCUGGCCAACGACCUGUGGACCUGGACCAAGCUGUCCGCCUGCCUGGGCGCCGUGCUCUUCAUGGUCUCCGACCUCACCAUCGCCGUCAACAAGUUCUGCUUCCCCGUGCCCCAUUCGCGUGCCAUCAUCAUGGCCACCUACUACGCGGCCCAGAUGCUGAUAGCGCUGUCGGCCGUCGAGUGCCAGGAUGUAGAGGUGGCCAGGAAGAGAACAUGAGGUACCGCGACGUCCUCAGCAAAGGUGGCGACCCCCCACCCCCCACCCACGGCCCUCAGUGAUCAUGGACACAUCUCACUGCCAGAUCCCCAAACCCUCAACCCUCAUCUCAGUGUGGCAAUCCCACACUGCUGUUACCAUGACGACUGGUCCACUACAGCCUCCACAAGGCUAUCACCCUACUACCCCACUCAUAUGGUAGUCUCACACCAGUCUUCUUACAAUGAAGAUACAGUAGUGUUAUCUUCAGCCUCCCCCGACAACGGUCCUACCUGCCUCCUCCAAUCCUAGAAUGGCUGUCUCUCAACCUAGUUACCAUGGAGACAAGCAUAGUAAUAUUAACCUGCUAUAUAUAGAGAGUAUUACUUUACUUUUAACUCUUAUGUUUUAAUUUAAGGGGAGCAUGUCACUGGGGACCUUCAAGGAGUGUAUGUGGGAGAGCGAUUGUGUGUGUGCACAUUUAUGUGUGUUUGAUUAACACUCUUACCUCGCUUUCCACACAGUCACCACACUGACUCCCUAGCGCGCACAUCUAAUUUAUGUGGUCCAAUAAUACAAUUCAACAUCUUAUUUUUGUCAUUUGUUUUGUUGCCUGAAACCUUGUUAAAAAGGGAGCUUUGUUGUUUUUUUCUAACUGACCUGCCCACGUUUAGCUUUCCACUCGCUCUCGCUCCGUGCUCCCCUGAAUUAAGGGUGCUAUUCUUAAAGCCAGGAGCAUACCCACACCUGCUUUUAUCUGCGGUCCCUUCCAUUUCAUUUACAGCAGCCACACUGCACACACCUUCGUACACUCCUCGACAAACCCACACCCGGCCUCUCCGGAUGAAUGAAUUAGGAUGCCCUUGAAUAACUAGAUGUGCACAGAAAGAAUGACAGAGACGGAAACAAAAAAAUAAAGCAAUGAGGUGGAAAGGCAAGGAGGGAGAGUUGCGUGACUGCAACCACCACAGCGUGUUGCAUUUUUAGCGAGCGGACACUUUAGGAGACUGUUAGGAAAGGGGAGGUUGUUUGUGGAGGCUCGAUCCUUCCUGCAGAGACUUUAUUGACGCUGUCCUGCUGUCACAAAGAGAGCACAGUGAGCAUUGUAGUCACAGCAGACCACUGCACUCAUUAUAACACGCUGCACAGGCCAGCUGCCUCUUCUCUCUUUCAGCCUUUCAGGCGUUUUACAGUGUUUUGCCUGCCAGUUUUUCAGAAAUGUAGGUCGCAAAAGUCGACACGCUCACACACCUGACACCUACGGCCCCUGCUGGUUUAGUUAUUAGGAAAAGUCCACAGGGUUCUUAUUGCUGGACUGGAUCAGCCGACCCAUGCUGUCACUGGGACCACGUUAUGAAGACUGAAAAGAAAGAGUCGUGUUACUGGCUGGAUUUUUUUUUUCUCUUUUUGUUUAUCAACUCAGUGUGCGUCUCUGAGCCUCAGAAGGCAUUCAAUCACUCAUAACGACGUACACACAAACACGCACAUAAACAUACACUUUGCCCCGGGGGCAGCCUGACUGAAAGGGAAAAAAAAGGGGGGGGAGAUGAGGAAACUGGCUUGUCAUGUGAGGGAACAGUAAUCCCAUUAUUCCCAAUAAUUCCCUCUCACAGCACACUUCAUCAGCUUUAAUCCUGCAAAAUCCAUCGCAGCUGAUCCCAGACAGGUUGGCUGAUAUUUUGUCUUUCAUCUAUCACGCACCCCCCCCCCCCCACCUUUCAUUUGUUUCACCCUCCGCAAACGGUUUAUGUUCAGAUGAAGUGUCUUACUGAAUACUGAAGUAUACUGUAACUCUGUCUUCAGAUGUCUGCAUGCUGUGUAUGCGUGUUUUAAGUGUGUGUGCACAUGUGAGAGUGUGUGUGUGUGUGCAUGUAUUGUCUUAGCUGUAGUGAACAUCUGCGUGUACCUGUGACAAGUGAGAACCAACUCAAGGCCAGAAAUGCUGUGAACCAUCAUAGAGGAGUAGACACACUUUGGGUAUCUUUAAUGUACUGUAUUCUCACAAGGCUCUUAAAGUGUCUUGAUACCCUUCACCUCUUGAGAUUUGUAACCUUUCCCCUGAAUGUGUUGUCAGUUAAGGAUGAUUUUAAGGUCGUAUUUGACGAUGUACAGUAUAUACAAACUAGGUUAUACGUAUUCUUCAGGUUUCAUUUGACUUUAAUAGGGAGCAUUUCCAUCGGUGGACAUGCCUUCUCUUGACUAUAUCCUUACCUAUUAGUAUCUAUGCCUGUUAGGUACCUAGAUUGUUGCUAGGGUUGCAAAAUGCCAUGAAUAUUCAAGGUGGAAACGUUCCAUAGGAAAUAACAGCAAAUAAUGGGACUAAAAUGGAAAUACAGGGAUUUUAUGCUCAGGCUGUAUUUACCAUUUCAUAUGCAGAUAGAGACAAACCUUUUACCAUAUCAUAAGCAAACUCACUGAACAAGAAUGAAGGGAAAUAGAUUAAUUAAAACUCCUCAUUUAGCAUGUUCAGUCAAGCUACGUCCCAGGUGGUAACAGCUAGCUCGCAAAAACUAGCAGAAAGUGUUAACAAUUCAGAAACUGUGUACUUGUGGGUGAGGCUGCUGUAAUAUAAUCACGUUUUGAUUGACAGCCUGUCGUCCUUUGGCUCAGACAGUGCAGCAGUAGUGUGGUGCUACACGUGAUGGGUGGAUGCACUGUGCACGCAGAGUGUUGAAAUUUUACUCAAUUCGUAUUUAAUGGGACACUGAAAAAUGAUCUGUACAUGUGAUGGAAGAGUGUGCUGCCAAAUGCAGAAAGUGGUUACAGUUCAGUUAAAUGGGCAUACAACAAAUAACAAAACAUUCCAUAAGACCUACUAUUGCUUUUUUAUUUGCUAAACUUCCCUUGGAAAUCUUAAUUUAAACCCUUUGCCACCCUACCUGUUACCCAGCACAUUAUAGUUCAAUGGCUCUGUCAUUAAUAACACUAAACUCAAUUUUAUUACAAAUGUACACUGGCCAUUGAAAGUAUUAAGAAAUAGCAAAGGGGCAGGUUUUGCUGUCUAAUGGUCCAGUCCACAUGCACCUUAACAUGAUAUGCUGUGCUGUAUAUAAAACAAACAGGCAUGGAAAAGAAACAGAGCCAUGUUGUGCGUUCCCUCUUCUGGGUCAAUGACCCCUGAAGCUGUCAGCAACACACCCACAUACGCACAAAAAAACCCCACACGCAUCAAAAAUGUGUUUAUGCAUCACACCAGCCACCAUGACAGAUCUGCAGGCAGACCGUGGUGUUGACACUCAUCGAGCUUUCUUAAACAUCGACAGCAGCACACAGUUUGACCAGCAAAGACACUCGAGUGUCUAUUCCUGUCUGCAGCUUUGCCAGAUAGUUCCUCAAUCUCCUUUUGGCCCGUCAGCGCCAUAUUUCUGCUUUGUCAGUCAGAAGUGUUUCAUCACUCCAUCUGCGAGACCACUCGUCGUCUGUUCCACGUUUUAAUUUGCCCUCAGUCCCACUCUUCUCAUUUCAUCCACCUCGCCAGCAGAACGUGUGCUGUCAACAAUUCAUAUAAGCCUCGGUGCUGGAAGACACCCACGGAGGCUCGCCAGCAGACAUGCAUUUGUCUGAUUGUGCUGUCUUAAAUCAGGGUUUAGUGGAGUACGAGGAGAGAUGCUGGUUAAGAUGACUGACUAGUAUGCAGUCAGAAGUGAAAGCACGAGGGAAUGAUGAGAUUGAGUCAAGCCGUCUUACUCAUACUUACAAUGUGGGCAAUUUAUGUAAGCACUACUUUCUUUGUCUUCUGCCACAUAAAGCCUGCUGACUCUUAUUGCUACAGUCCUAAUGGCUGCGUGGUGGAAGACAGGCUUUACUUUGAAGUAUUUCUGAGAUUAUUCUUGUUGGCCAACCCACACUGUGGUAAAUCUGUGGUUGUCUGUAAAUCAAGGAAUAAACUCAAAUACCAUAUUGAGGGAGGAAGUCGCCAGUUAUUAUGCCUAUCUGGAGGAUUUGGUUUUAAAUAUUAACUCUGUUUCUCCUCCAUCGUUUCUAUUUUUAUUUGACUUGGACACAGAUAACCAAAGCUGAUAGUCACUGAGAGGAACUUGUUAGCAUUAGAGCCCUCUCGUGUAUCACAUAACCUUUUGUUUUGCAGGAGACAGAGGUCCCUCUCGUUGGUGCUGGAGUGCAUCUGGCCUUCCACUUAGGAAGGAGGUUAUUGUGGAGCGAUACUGUAGCUGGAAUUAGGGGAGGAGGUGAAAUAUGACACACAGGGGAAGACUCCCUUUACAUCCGGCCCAUUAGCUGCCGUGCUGCCCCGACAGAUGGCAGGCUAGCAGGUGCUUCUCUGUACCUGAGCCUUUCAACAGUCCUGUUGUUCUGAACUUUGUGCAUGCAGACAAAAGGGAACUGAAAGAGCUGCGGGAAGCCGGUUUGGUUCGGCCUGCGCCGUGAGAAAUGAGCUGGAACCAGUAGCUGUUGUAGUAGAAAGGGCCCGUGGUUUCACUCGGCCCUCUGAAUAAGUUGGCACUUUUCUCUCUUUCAAGUUUUCUCUCUUUUUCUCUUGCGACCUUUGAUUUGAAACCUUUGCUGUUAAAGUGCUGUGCCCGUUUAUCGCACAGCGACACUCGAAGCAUAGAGCUGUAAAGUUUGUGUAUGUGUACCCAUGCAUGACAAAUAGGCUGAGAUGAAUCCUCCAUGUCAGCACUCACCUGCAGUGAUGGAAACGUACACACGACAGGUGUUCUUCUGACUACGCCUGACAAUCCUCCAACAUCAGUAUGAGCCGAUUAAAAGUGUGUAAAAAUAAUACUGAAUCUUCCCUUUAUAAUGUUAAUCUGAAUCUACUGGUGGCUGCACUUUUCUGUUCCCAGUAAGGCCAGUCAAUCUCACUUUCCAACAGCGUUAGUGCUGAAAACAAGAGACAUGUUGUGCACUGUAUACUUUAAAGUAUAUGCUCCUUUUCUUUUGCUCUUUGCAUUUCUUUCUCUUUAGGGAGAAAACAGUUAUUGUUAUUGAUGCUGACGAUUCUAAGCACAAGAAAGCGACGCAUCAAUGUGUGAGAGAAUCAGCGUUUUGUUUUGUAAAAGGCAUUAAUUGCUCUUGAAGUGUUACAAAGCUCUAUGUAUAAUUUUUUUUUUUUUUUAAAGUGUUAUCCUUUUAUUUGCAGAAAAGCAGGCCCAAGUGUUAUUUUUGCCUGCUGUUGUGGAAAAUAUUUGGUUUGUCCAGAUUUUUUUAUUAUCAUUGAAGGCCCAUUACAAUGCAUCAUUUGACUUAAUUUUGUGAACAAAUGUUUUUUCCCCUAUUUUUAUUCUAUGACAUACUUUACCUUGUUGUCCUUGAUUUUCACUUAGUGAUUUAUUUCUAUCAUUACUGUAGAGAUGAAAUAGUUUCUUUGCUUUAGUGAAACUGCUAUGAAUGUGAAUAUCUGUGGGAGAAAUAAAUGCAAUUGCAA